AUGGCCAAGAUCAAUGGGAGACAGUGGGGCGCAAGAAGCAGACGAAGGCCAGUGCACAAGAAUCAGUGCAUUCAGAGUUCUGGCAAAGAGAAGAAGAAAGCCAAGGACGAGGAGGCGGAGGCAGAGGUGGAUGUCAAGAACGAUCACCUUCCUGGCCAUAGACAGGACCACAUGAGUCAAGAACAGGACGAGUGGUCAACGGUGAAGAACAAAAAGCAAGCCAAGGAAGAGCGCAAGCUGAAGGAAGAGGAGGAGAAGAAGGAACACGACAAGAAAGAGCAGUUCAUCUCGCCGAAGGACCGAACACCCCUUGAACCUGACGAGUGGUCCACGGUAAAGAACAAGAAGCAAGUAAAGGAGCAGAAAAAGAUCAAGGAGGAGGAGGACAAAAAGGAGCAGGAGAGGAAAGAUCAGGAGCGACAGCAGAAGGAGGAGGAGAACAAGCGCCGAGAAGCUGAGAGGAAAGCUGCGGCAGAUGCUCGCGAAGCAGAGCUUGCCAAAGCUCGAGAAGCCGUGAAUGGCGUGGCCGCCCCAAAGUCUUUCCCAAAGGCAGGCAAAGGCGGAGGAGGCAAAGGGGCCGGCAAGAAUGGCUUCCACCACGAUACGUCCUCAGCUUCCGCCCUCCCGCCGGACCCGGCCAUCCUCUUUGCGGGGCCCAAGCCAGAGCAAAACGGUGAUCACAAGGAGGAGUCGAAGCCGAAGGAGAAGGAGCCGGAGAAACCAAAGCCCAAGGAGGUGGAGAAGCCAAAGGAGAAGGAGGCAGAGGAGAAGCCGAAGGAGAAGGAGCCUGCGAAGGAGGAGAAGGACAUGAAGGACAUGAAGGACAUGAAGGACAAGGAGGUGGACAAGGAGCGAGAGAAGGUCAGAGAGAAGGAGCCAGAAAAGGACAAAGAGAAGGACAAAGAGCACUGGCAAGGCGGCCAGUGGUGGGAAGGCUCUGGCGAGAGAUGGAACAAGAGUUGGGACUGGGAGUCCUGGCGUGAAGAUGAUGGAGCCAAGCCUCAGAAUGGCCGCUGGGAGUGGAACAAGAAGUGGAAUGACUGGGACAAGUCGCAGGAUAGUGAUGGUUGGUGGGGGAACGAUUGGAAAAGAGGACGGAGUUGGUCCUGGCAGCGGAAGGACAAAGAUGAUGCUCGAGGUUGGCAAAGAAAAGAAGCACACGGUGCAAGAAGCGACAGAGCUGAGACAACAGAAAGGUCUGAUAAAUCCGAUCAGGCCGAAAAGUCUGAGAAAUGA